UUGGUGGAAAAGCGGUCACGUGGGCCCUGGGUCAUUUGUUUGCGGGAGCUGCUGAAGAUGGCGGUGGGAGAAGGAAUGGUUGGGUUUGAUUCUAAUUUGUUGCUACAUCCUGAGCUUUUGACUGGGGAUUUUCUCCUGCAGCUCUUAGAGCAGAGGGAAAUAGCUACAACAAACCUGCAUGCUGCAGAGAAGGAUCGGAUUGUCGAAGUAUACAUUCAGCAUGUCAUUCCAUUGCCACAAAGAGAGCUGCCCAAAAACAGAUGGGGAAGAAAGAUGGCUGAGAAAAGAGAACAACAGGCCAUUAGUGUGGCUCAGAGUGAAAGACCAACAUCAGAGGCUUCAAGAAAAAGACCUCUCAUUGUGUUUGAUGGCAACUCUACGAGCACAAAAAUAAAAAUCAAAAAGAAUGAAAAUGGAAUGGCUGAUCAAGUCAAACGUCUGCCUGCAGGGAUUGCUGACACGCGACCCACUAAUAAACUUCCUGUGCAACCGAGUGACACACGCAUUCUGACUGAUAAUAAUGCAGUCAAAAAUCCAGUUCGAGGUGCCGUAUCUACUAAUGGUAUGGCUACCAUGAAACAUGGAGGUGACAUGCCUUUGAAAACUUCACCUUUGCCGUGCCCACCAUCUCCUGGAGGCACCAAUCCCAUAAAACUAAAACGAGCUCUUCCAAAAGAUGGAGAGGGAGACCCACCAGGGGAAUUAAGAUCCACAGAGCCAAAGAGAAAGAUUCAACAUAUUACUUGGCCUUAAAAUCCGUCAGUCCUAAUAUUCCAGGGAAGGUGUUUUAUUUAAAUUUAUGAUCUAAGCACGGCCAACAAGCACCUUGGAAAUGGUGGUCUAGUAAAUGAAUGGGAAAUGAUGCACUCAUACCAUUUUUAAAAAGAUCAUAGGACCAACGUUGGUUCAGUAAAGUAGCCCAACUACAGUACUAGAUUUCAUCCUCUUCUAAGCAAUUUUGUGCUGUAGUCCAAUUUGUAUAAUUCAGUAUAUUAAUGGAUUUUGUGAUUGAGCUUUCUUGUUGGUCAGAGGUUCCAGUAAUUUUUGAAUAGAAUGCAGAUAUGUUGCAUAUCAGUUGUGGUACAUCACUUUAUGCACAAAUACUGCCUACGUUAUUAGGUGUGUAUUUAACUGCAUAAGCAGUAGGUGUAAAUCAUUAAAUAAUUUUAAUGUAUUGAUUAAAGAGCAAAAUUCAGGGUUUUGUUAAUUUUAUACAGUUUUUCCAUAUGAACACAGAUUAGUUUACAGAAUAAACUCCAUAAACGUAUUACGUUGCAAACCAAAGCCUAAGUAAAACAUAAAAGUUAUUGGUUCUGUUCAGCAGAAAUGGAAACAAGCAGCGUACGUAGAAUAAAUCCAUUGAGAGCAGGCAGUUUUUCAUGAACUUCCCUAUUCUGCUGGAAACUAACUUGUUGCUAUCUAUUGAUUUAUGAAAAGGCACUAUUGUCAACAUAAAUUUAAAAUAAAACUUAAGGCAAAUUCAUUUCUGAAGCUGUUACAUUGUAUUCACAUGCACAUGAAUAUUAGAAAAUUCUUAAUGAAACCUUUUUUUGUUCAAAUUAUUAUGUGUUUUUCUGUCUGCGUUUUCUGGAUUCUUAUCAAGCAUUUGAACUAACAGCCCUGGAUACUAACAGCCUUAACUCUGAAUAAAUGUUUUUUCUUGGUCAAGUUUGCCACUGAAAAAAUGGAGAUAAAGAAUUCUUAGUCAUGUGCUAUAUGAUUAUAUUGUAUCCUAAUGUAGAACCAAACAUGAAGUUACUAUGUCAUCAUGUUAGUGAGGCACUAAUGAACAAGACAUAUUGAAUAUACUGUAAUGGCUAUCCAAUAAGAAACUUUAAAGUGCAAGUGAAAUACUCCAUUACAAUUAGGUGCCUUUUUAGGUAAGUAGUACUUGUGGUAUUUUUUGUUAAAUUUUAUUGAAUUGUUGUGUUCUUCAGCAUGCUUGAUAUUAGUAGUUCAGAAUGUGAAACAGCUCAUCUUUCCAGUGUUCUAGAAUUGGCAUCAAGCACUGCCACAUCAAAUAUACUACAGCAACUGCCUCAACUAUGUGCCUUAUGUUUCAGAAACAAAUACCGAUGACAACAAUGUGCCACUUCCAUGUCUGUGAAUGAUUGUUCUAAUGCUCUGAGAAAGUUUGUAAAUAUGUCAAAUCAGAUAUGAUGCAAUAACACAAUAAGACAAAUUAAGCUGAUAUUGUUAGAAGUUGCUUUUUUUGUACCAAAUCAAAGAAAAAUGAGAUCUUUAUCCAUAUAAGCUGGACCAGAAUCAGGCAGAGUUCAUCAAGGCAAAAAAAAAAAUUUAAAAUCCUUGCAGUCUGCUUCUCCUACUACUUUAUGCAGCUAGUUCUAUCAGAAAAUAUGAUUAAAAUUGAAGUAAUCCUC